GCUGUUCGUGGGAGGGGCACUGCCAGGCUCAGAGGGAGCCCCGCCUGGGCAGGAGUGUGUGCGCCCCUCCUCCCGCGCUUGUCUCCGACCCCAGCUCCACCUCCGGGACAGGUGAGCAAGCCCUGACUCUCCAACGACGAUCAGAGUUUGGAACUGAGCAGGGAAACACACUCUCCGGAGCAGGUUCAGCUCAACAACGAAGGGUAGCCUCAGAUGAUCUCACAAAGGGGGAGAAAAUGACUAUGAUGGCUCACCAGUCCUCUUCUUGGAUCUUCAUCAAUGAGAGGACAUUCAUUACCAGGGAACAACUUAAUUCUUUAUUGAAGACCUAUAACAUCUUUUAUAGGAACCAGAAAAAUCUGCAUAUUUUAUAUGGACAGACUGACGAUGGUAAACUAAUUGUUGAAGGAAUGCUGGACAUUUUCUGGGGAGUAAAGCAGCCUAUACAACUGAAAAUACAAGAUGAGAAGCAAAUCCCUUCUUUCGCUGUGCUGAAGUCACCAGAUGUCUUUUCCAAAAGGGGAAUGACACGCUGGGGAGAAUUUGAUGAUCUUUACCGUAUUAGUGAUUUGGACAGGACUCAGAUUCCAGUGUCUGGAGCAACAGAUUCCCAGGAAGAUUAUUUAUCUUAUCACAGUAGCACUCUGAAGCUUCAUGCAGAUGAAGAACCUGAAUCCCCAUUGCUCUAUAGAACCAUGAGUGAAGCAACCCUGGUGAGAAAAAGGAUGAAGCCUCCGACGAUGGACAGAAAGGACAGACAGAAGCAUAGGGCCUCUAUUAACGGACACUUUUAUAACCAUGAAACAUCAAUUUUCACUCCAGCCUUUGGAUCAGAAACGAAGGUCAGAAUAAACAGUAAUAUGAGAACUGAAGAAGUAAUAAAGCAAAUUCUCCAAAAAUUUAAGAUUGAAAAUAGUGCCCAGGAUUUUGCACUUUACAUUAUUUUUGCAACAGGAGAGCAGAGACGGCUAAAGAAAACAGACAUUCCGCUACUGCAUAGACUCCUACAGGGACCAUCCAAAAAGAAUGCUCGCAUUUUCCUCAUGGAUAAAGAUGCAGAAGAAAUUAACAGUGAUGUGGCUCAGUAUAUUAACUUUCAUUUUUCUCUCCUGGAAUCCAUCCUUCAAAGAUUAAAUGAAGAAGAGAAAAGAGAGAUUCAAAGAACAAUAACAAAAUUCAGUACAGAAAAGGCUAUCAUACUGAAAUGUCUUCGAAGUAAACAGGUAAUAAAAACAGAGACAACAGUUUAGCAAUACAGGUCACUAUUGCUAAAACACUUCAACAAACUUAGAAGUGUGUUACAACUAUUUGAGUGCAUAAAUUCUAUACUUGCAUUUAUACAAAUAUAUGUGAACUUGAAUCUGUAGGAAAUUGAAUGUGGUAAAAGCUUGUCUCUCUUUAAACUGAAGAGAUUAAGUAGGGUUCACAGUUGGACUGAAGGAACUUGAAUUUAGUUUCAGUAACUGGAAUAAGCUCGGAUACUAUGUAUUUCAAAUAGGUUUUAUAGUAAAACGCUCAAUGAACUUGAAUUUAAAUGGCAUCUUCAGACGCCAUGCAGCUUAAACUUAUUUUAGCUUCAACUGUCAAGAGAACUCUCAUCAACUGACUCUCAGAAAUGAUUCAGAAGUAAAACCUGCCAGCUCUUAAAAUAAAAAAUCAGCACAUUACUACCCCACCAAGGAAUCUGAUGGUGGUGGUGUUUCACAGCUUCUUAAACUCUAGCCUUUUCAUAAAAGCUAGGACUAUCUUUCUAUGGAUACGUGGCUUUGGGCUAUCUAUAACAUCAGAGCUAUCUGUCCUUUGGGAUGGAAAAGAUUAUGGACUCUGUUAAGAAAUCCAAAUUGUAAUUUUCUCAACCUGAGCCCUUCUUUUAUUUUCCCCCCUCUGUUCUACAGAUGACUUUCAAAAGUGUUCUUAAGCUUUUCUUUUGUCAAUUGAACUAGUUUUCUUUAUUUUUCCAAACAAACAUAUCACAGAGAUUUAGUGUAUUUUGUUGGCUAGGCUAAGGCUUGACCCAUGAUAACAAUUUGUUGCUGAAUAAAUAUAGAAGAUAAUGCAAAGCUGUGGUAGUCGAAGUUGGGCAGGAAAUCUGGAGCUCUGCCCUUUUUCUCCAGGACAACUCAUUCUACAAAACAACACUCAGGGUCCAUCAAGUACACUUAACCAAUCUGAAAAAGCACUGAGAAUGCCACAAGUAUUAUCUAUGAUUUUAUUUAUGAACUCUAUAUUAAAAGGGAGUUUUAUGCAGCUCUUUUCCAUUCCACUACUACUUCUAUUUGCAUUCCUCAUAAGCAUUGGAUUAAACUGAUUAUAUUACACACACUAUGGGAUAAGGUUGAAUGUAAUAAACCCAGUUGGAAGAUCAAUUAUCAAAAUAUGAAACAUGUUUAAGACAAAGGUAUUACUUCUCAGUGUAACCAAAUCCUAAACCAGACAAAAGUAAAAGUGUGCUGUGAGCUUUUCAGUCCUAGGAAAUCUCCUUUACUGAAUAAGACAUGGGCUUGCAUCUUCAUCCUAUUAUCUAUCAGUUAUUAAGAAAAUCUCACCUCACAAAAAUAAAGCGAAUGUAAUGGUUAAAAUUCAGUAUACUUAUUUAAAGUAGUGUCAAGUAUCUGCCAUAAACAUGACAAAAGAUUCAUCUUUAAUACAUUGAAAGUCUACAAAAUGCAUUAAAAAAUACCAUGCCUGUGGAGGGAGGGAGACGCAAGAGGGAAGAGAUAUGGGAACAUAUGUAUAUGUAUAACUGAUUCACUUUGUUAUAAAGCAGAAACUAACACACCAUUGUAAAGUAAUUAUACCCCAAUAAAGAUGUUAAAAAAAAAUUCUUUUUAAAAUACCAUGCCCGGAUAGAAUAAAUAAGACAUAUGGCUUGAAAAGUAAAAUUGCAGAAGAGGAAAUGCAAAUGGCUAAUAAGUAUGUGAAAAAAGUUGUAUCUUAAUAGUGAUCAGUUGUAUUAGUCUGUGUCUAAUCAGGAGACAGAAACCACACAGUCAUUUAAACAGGGGAAAUUUAAUAUAAAGAACUUAGCUGUGAUGAUAGAGUAACUAUAAAAAUGUGAAGAGAACUCCAAAGGGUACCCUAAGGCUGAGGAAGAAUACCCCACAAAGGAAAAGCUUGGAGAGAGGAGCUGAGAAUUCAUUGGAGAAGGUGUGGUUGCAGCCCAGUGGAUAGGGGAGACAUCCUCUGGUUGCCCAGGACACAGCAGGGCCACAGUCAUAGGCCAAUCAGGAACAACUCUCUGGAGUGUGGAUCAGGUGGACAGGUGAGCAAGAGGGACUUGGGGCUUCUCUGCAGGCACAAAGCCAGAUCACAGAGUGUCGGUGUCUGGAGGUCUGCAGGAAACAAAGUCUGGGGACACAGGUAAGCUGAGGCUGAAGGGUAGGCAUACAAAAAAGUCAGGGGUGCUGCUGCCAGUGCUGCUAGGACUGGGGGGGCUGCAGGGGCCAUCUCUGCAGGAACCUAGUACAACUCUGUGUAUGCCUUGGACUGUGGCAUCUUUGAGGCUGCAUGGGACAAAGGUGGGGCAAGUGGCUUACCAGAUGAUCAGCCCCACAAGGCACUCUCUGGGAGCAUGCACCAAGUUGAGAAGGUAUGGAGAGUAAUGAUCUGAACUAGGACACAGGCCUCUACUGGGCCUCCAGGCCGUGCCACCACAAACCAAAUCAAAAGCUACAAAAGGGAUUGGAGGAACACAACAUAAAGAAAGCUACACCCUACAGGCCACUAGCACUGAAGAAACCACUCUGGGUAGAGCAGUGAAGGAAGAAAGUCAGCUUCCCAGAAUCCGGAAAGACCAACUUCCUCCUACAGUGUUUCUCCAGUGCCCCCUACUGACAAAGCAUGACAUCAUGUAAGCUGCAAAGGAAGCAUAUAGAAAGGCUCCCAUGUACAUUUUCACAGACAACAACAAAGAGUGAAUUUGGAGCAGAGACGCAAUAAAAUAACUGGCAUGUCAACAAAAUGCAAAGCAAAGGAAAGUGAAAUUCAUCUAUUAAAGAAGAUUAAGAAAUGAUAAUAUUAAAUACUCAACAAAUUACAAUGAGAUGGGCACUUAAACUACUACUGGUAGAAUUACAAAUGAAUAUAACUUUCCUUGAAAGCAAUUUAGUAAUAAGUUCAUCCUAUAAUUCUACUUGUAGGAUCUUAUAUGAAAAUAAUCAUAUAUACAAAGACACUAUGUAAAGGUGAUUAUUAUUUAUUGUGAUAAAAGGAAGUAAAUAGCCUAAUGUUCAAAAAUAGGAAAAAACGAUUAAGGAAGGAAAGAAACAUUUACCUAUAGAUUGUUAUGCAGCUCUUAAAUUGUUUUCUAAUAAAUUUUAAUUAUAAGAGUAAAUUCUCCUUAUGUAUCUGGAUAAGAAUAUAGAUACAAUAUCCAAAAGUUUAUUAUCCAUAAGAUAUAUAGAUAUAUGUUUAUAUAUGUAUGUAUAUUAUUUGUACAUAAACACUACAAACCAAAAACAUGUUAAAUGUGGUUAUGUCUGGUUUGUAGAAUUAUGUAUGGGUGAUUCAUGUUUUUCAUAUUUUUCUACACUUGUUAAAUAAUCUGUAAUGAACAUAUAUUGCUUUUUCUAUUUAGGAAAUAGAAAAUUUAUGAUUAAAAAGUUGCCAACAAAAGAGUAGCAAGUACAUGCAAGCACAGAGUUCUACUAGAUGCAAAAAAAAUUCAAAUAAAUUAUGCAAGUGAGAUGUUAACAUCACUACUGUGGUAGUUUUAAAAUAUAUGUAUGAAGUCUUUGAUACUCCUCCUCUCAAGAUAUGGAGCCUAAUCUUCCUCACCUUGCCAAUGGGCUGGACUUAGUAACUCACUUCUAAGGAACAGAGGAAAGCAGAAGUGCCAGGGUGUGGCUUUGGAGACUAGGUCAUAAAAGUCACUGUGGUGUCCUCCUUGCUUGUUCUCUUGGAUUGCUGGCUCUGGGGGGAGCCAACUGCCACAUCCAGAGUAGCCCUAGGGAAAGGCCUAUAUAACAGGAACUGAGACCUUCUUCCAAAAGCCCAAAAGCCAACAAGGAACUGAGGCACCCUGUCCACAGCCCACAGCCGUGGGAGUGCGCCAUCGGCCAGCCCCAGUUAAGCCUUCAACGACUGCAGCCCUGGCAAAGAGCUUGACUACAACCUCAUGAGAGACCUGAGCCAAAAAUCCCAGCUAAACCACUCCUGGAUUCCUGAUCCUCAGAAAAUGUGUGAGGUACGAAAUGUUUGUUGUAGUAUGCUGCUAUGUUUUAGGAUAAUUUGUUACAUCACAAUAGAUAACAUAUAAUUUCUGAGACAAAAAUCUGUUCACUUCAGAGUCAUCUUUACAUAGUACAAGAAUAUAAACUUUUGUCACAAAACCAUUCAUCCUUGUUUUAGGUGGUCCAAAUAUUUCACUACCAGUUACAUAUUAGUUCAAAUUCAGUUCUAGAUAAUGUUAUACUUAUUAAUGGUAGAGGACCUGUCACAUUCAUCUUUGUAUACUUUGUUGUACUUAAUAUGGUGUCCUGUGUAUUGGAUGUGCUCAAUAAAAAUCAAUUGAAUAAAGGACUGAAUGAAUUAAUGAAUGAAUAAAAGAAUGAGUGAAUAAAUUGUC